AUGUAACCACUUUGUGAUCCAGCACAGGAUAGAGUAGUCAAGCAAGUUCCUUUACCUCCUCAUCGCCCUCUGGAUAAUGACCUGAUGUUUCCUGCCAAGAAUUAGGGUAAUAGAUGGCUAUUGAUCAUAGGGAAACCUGACUGGAAGCUCAUAAAGGAACAUUUAGAAAGAGAGGGAAGAAUUGCCAAAAAAGAAGUAAUUAAGUUGGUGACAAUGGCAAACAAAAUCUUUAGUAAGCAAUCGUUCAUUAUAGUUAAGAGAAUGAGGGUAGUUUGAUACAUCUGUCAGAUCCUUUGACCGUGGUGGGAGAUAUUCAUGGGUAUGUUGAAAAUAAUAAGUUAGAUAAUUUUAUGAUUUUCUCAAAAUUCUUGAUGUUGGAGGCAAUCCUGAAUCAUAGAAAUAUGUGUUUUUGGGCGAUUAUGUUGACAGAGGACCAUUCUCCAUAGAAGUGUUAAUUUUGUUGUAUUCUCUAAAAAUCAAUUAUCCACGGACUAUCUAUAUGUUGAGAGGCAAUCAUGAAUGCAGACAACUCACUUCAUUCUUUAACUUCAUGGAUGAAUGCAAAUACAAGUACGAUUAAGAAUUGUAUGAUGUUUUCAUGGAUUCAUUCGACAAUCUUCCAUUGGCUUGCAUUAUCAAUAAUCAAUUCAUUGCACUUCAUGGAGGAAUCUCUCCAGAACUAAGGAAUGUAUCAGAUAAUCCAUAUCAAAAAGGUCACUGACGUCAAUUUGGUAGAGAGAUUCAGAGAACCACCUAAAAAUGGACUCUUUUGUGACAUCCUUUGGGCAGACCCCGUAGACAAUGAUGAUGGAAUUUGCGAAGGACAGUUUCGAAUUAAUGAAGUCAGAGGCUGCUCCUACUUUUAUGGAAUGGAGGCAGUUAGUAGAUUCUUGGAAAGAAACAAGUUGAUAUCAGUCAUCAGAGCCCAUGAAGCUCAAUUAGAAGGAUACAAAAUGCAUAGAUGGGAUGGGGGAUAAGAUUUCCCUAUGGUCAUUACAAUAUUUUCAGCUCCCAAUUAUUGUGAUGUCUACAAUAACAAGGGUGCUGUCAUUAAGUUCAAAGUAUGUAUUUUCUGCUACUCUCUAGAACAAUGAUCUGAAUAUUCAACAAUACAACUAUAGUUAGCAUCCAUAUCUGUUACCCAAUUUCAUGGAUAUCUUCACAUGGUCUAUUCCAUUUGUUGCUGAAAAAGGUUAUUAUUCAUAAUCUCAUUAUUGUAGUCACUGAAGUGUUGUUCCACAUCAUACAACCAAGAGAUGGGGAGGCCAUGGAUGAGAUCGUUGAUGAAGAUGACAUUGCCAAAUUCAAAGAAUUAGUAGGAGAUUAACAACAUAAAAAUAAAGAUGUCUUCUUGAAAAGCAAAAUCAAAUUUGUUUUUAGAAUGAUGCAAAUUCAAAAAGGAUUAAGAUAACAAAGUGAAAGUCUUGUCCAAACCAAAGGAGCUUGUCCUGACAACCGUAUUCCUAAAACACUUCUAGAUAGUAUUAAAGAUUGUAAACAUUCUCCUCUAAUAUUUAGCAAAUGGGGCAUUUUAGACUGCUAAAAUGGCUGACUCUAUCAAUGAGAAAAGACCUGGACUCAGUUAAUGAUAUUCAAAUCAUAUAAAAACAC